AUGGAGGGCCCGCCAGAUGCGGAUGAUCCCAAAAGCACCAGUGGCAAAGGCAAGGCUAAGGGCAAAGCACCUACGAAGUCUGCCGAUUCUGGAGCCGCCAAAGGCGGCAAGAAGGGAGCUCCUGGGGGGAAGGGCAAGGGCGCACCGAGCCUUUCCAAAUCUCCGGUGGCCCCCACGAAGGCGAUGAAGCCGCUUUGGUGGAAGCGGCUGCUCUUUGGCACCGACUUGCAGCCGGGUGCCAUCUGGGACAGGGUCCGUGACGAGACGCAGAGCCUGCCAGCAGAGGAACUCGAACAUCGAUUCGGCAAGGCCCAGGCCCUUUCGGCCCCUUCAUCGAAGUCCACGGGGCCCACUGCUACCAGUGCCUCCGAAGUGAUCCGGAUCCGCACGGAUGCGGUGCAGGACCGGGAGCUCCGGCUCCUGCCUUCGCCGGCCGAAUGCGGUCUUGCCUUGGCAGAGCUCGAGGACCAUCGCCUGGCUUUGGAUGAGCUAGAGCGCCUCCAGAGGGCCGUUUGCCCGACGAAGAGAGAGCUGGAGCUCUUGGAGGAGGCCAAGAAGCUGCAGCCAAUGGCACGCCUCGGCCGCAGGGAGGAGUACUGGGAGCAGCUGAGAUUAAUCCCAAGCUUUGAGCAGCGCAUGGAGUGCUGGCACUUCAUCCGCACUUACCGCGAGCGUGUCGCGUGCCAAAGCCAGCACCUCGAGGACCUCUUGGACAUCUUUCAAAGUUUGGAGAAGUCCGAGGCCGUCCCUUCCUUGUUGGCGUUGAUCCUCGCCACGGGCAUCUGGAUAAAUCGGGGCACUGAGUUUGCGGUUGCCAAGGGUUUUGGCAUCGAGUUCUUGGAGAAGCUUCAUAGCAUCAAGGGGGCCGAUGGCAAAAGCCUACAGCAUCUGCUGUUUGUGGUCUUCUUCGACUCCUUAGAUAGCCAGGCAGCCGAGUUUGUGGAGGCACUUGGCCCCUUGCUUCAGAACGUCAGCCGCCGCGUCAUCCAGGACUCAGAGGAGACGAGGAUCAGCAAGGCAGUCCAUCUGUCUUUGGAAGAGUGUGAUGAGGCUGUGUCUUCCAUUCAUGAGGCGGCAUUGGAUAUCCAAGCAGCUCUGCAGAAGUGCACAGAAAGCUUAGAUCCGGCGGACCCCGUGAAGCUUCGCCUGCAUCGGGAAUUUGCGACGGCGACGAAGAUGAUCGAGAGCUUGGUGCAGCUGCGCAAUUCUGUCAAAAGCCACUACGAUCGUGUGCUCCAGUGGUUCCAUGCACCCGGAUGGAGGAGUGCCGACUUCUUUCUUCUCUGGGACAACUUCUUGUUGCCCGGCGAGCUGCUUGCUUCACGCUGCCGCGAUGGGCCGUCUGCGGGUCCAGAUGAAAGGUCCCUGGAUGUGGAGGCCACCUUCUGCCAGGACGAAGCAUUUGGUCUCACCGAGUUCCAGGAGCUCUGGCAGUUGGAGGAGCUGGGGAGGGACCUGGCAGAGGAGGGCGAUCCACCGUUUCAGAGGCAACUGUCAAGGUCACCCGCGAAUGCCGAGGAGCCCGCGAGUCCUGCCUCGCCCAGCCGCGUCGGCACGACCACCGCAGGAAGUGGCGGGGUGCAUUUCAGCCCUCUCCGGUGGAGGACGCUUGUGAACGAGGCGGACAGCCAGACCGUUUGGAGCAAACUGGAGGGGCAGCUCGCGCCGAUCCCCACCUUGGAGCUCGAGACAAAUUUCUCUGCAGCUGCUAUCGCUGAUGCUGAGCAGCGAAAGGUUGCCAGAGAGGCAAGUCGGCGGAACGAGGAGGCAGCCCAGGCGAGUGCCGCCCGAUGGUCGGUUCUGGUACAGCAGCUGCCUAAGCAAGAGGAUGUGGUGCAUCUACUCGAGGACCUUGAUCCGGCAAGGGACAGCUCAGACUGCACGGUUCAACAGCUCUCAAAGGUACUGGAGUUUCUCUGCCAGGAGGUCGAGGCCAGCGAAGGUCCGGCGAUCUCAUUUCGGAGGGCUCUGGACGCGGUGCCGAACUGCAAGGAGCGGCUCCUUUACACAAUGUCUAUGAUGACCUACAGGCAGAAGGCGACGACCUGUGUAGAAGGGCUCGAGGACUUUUUGGACGUUGUUGAGUGCUUUUUGCACUCAAAGGCCUUGCCGGAGUACUUGAGCCUUAUCCUGGCCACGGGCAACUACCUGAAUGGAGGCACACCUCGUGGACAAGCAGAUGGUUUCGAUUUGAGCGAGCUGGACAAGAUGACAGGAAUCCAGGAUGCUGACGGCAAGGAUUUGCGACACUUCGUGCUCGAGGUAUUUUGUCAGCAGAUGCCUGUCCAGGCAGAGCAGCUGUUUGCGGAGCUUCGCCCGUGCUUCCUGAAUGUGAGGAGGAGCAUCUCCAAGGAUGCAUUGGGAACGGCAAAGCUGUCGAAAACUGUGCUGCAGGCAAUUGAAGCGCUGGACGAGGAGGUUUCAGCACUGCAGGUGAGCUUGAAGCAGGCUGAGGAGGCCGUGACGACUGUGGUCGGCAGCCAGACCUCACCUGCAGCCCAUGAACGUCUUACCAAGAAGCUUGCAGAGGCAUCUGCAUUCGUCAACGAGACAAUAGCCUUCAGAGACGACGUGAAGGCCAAGUUCGAAGAUCUUGCGCGCUUCCUCCACAUGAAGCCCAUGAGGAGCGACGAUUUUUGCCUUCUUUGGGAUGACUUGUUCGUGCCCGGCGAGCUGAUGGUAAACAAGGGCAAGGAUCACUACUUCGUCCCGGCCUUCUGCAGCGGGGAGACUUUCAAGCUGGAGCAUGUCAAGGUGCUUUGGCAGCUUCAGACGGAGGAUGCGGACUCUCAGGAUGCGGACGAUGACCCGACGCUGAAGGAGGGGCCUCUGGACGCCGAGCAGUUCUGCCGGGCACUGGUUCCCUCGGUGCAGUGCCCUGAGGACUUCGCCAGCGUUGCUCGGAGCUACUCCGCUUGCCCCGGGACACGUGCAGAGGGCGGAGACCUCGGUGAGGUGGAGCGAGGACAAAUGCACAGUGCCAUCGAGGCUGCACUAUUCGACCCGGAGCUCGAGCUCGGCUGUCCCCUGGGGCCUGUGCAGACCGAUGCAGGGUACCACUUGCUCAUGGCAAGGAAGAAGAGCAGGGGUAUCCUUUCCACGACGGUUUCCGCCAGCCACAUCUUGGUGAAGCCCGGACGAUAUCAGGCUCCCGCCUGUGAGGUGCACAUGCACCUGCCGAACAUGGUCGGUGCAGAAGCAGACAUGACAAGGACUUGGCGAAGAUGGUCGUUCGCCCACUCGCUGCCACCAGCCCUCUCACACUUGGCAGAGGCUCAAGAUGAAGCCGACCAUUUGCAAGAGAAGCGUCAGGCCUUGCGAGGAAAGCCCGGCUUGAGUCUCCUCUUCAGGUGGGAGGCUGCCUUCGUCUUCAACGUGAAAGGUAUCCUUUCCGACAUUGCCGCGGAUGUGAUUGGGCCCAUUCACUUGGUAGACGGAUCCCUGGACUCGGGGGAGGCGCGGUACCUCGGCGAGCUCCUAACAGUGGAGGACGCCAGGACGAAGCCGGACAAGGACGGCUUCGAUGCACGUCUUGACUGGGUUGAGACCGGCUGGCAGGAGUCUGAAGGCAUCCUCGAUGCAGACAGCAUGUGCACGGUUCAAGUGCUGCUUCGCAGGGUUGGCGAGACCUUGGAGCAUGCCAGGAAGCGCGGGUCCACUGUGAGGCUGAGGGUGAAGCCGACAAGGCUGGCCUAUGCUGCCAGUGAGCCUGGCUUGCGUCUGGGUUUGUCCUCGCCUUCCUCCGUGCAGGACCGCCUGGCAACCUUGGUCAGCUUCUCGGACUCUGGGGAAGUCCUCGUGAAAGUGGAUGGUGGAGAGGAGGAGAUGCUGGAUCCUCGCCCUAGUACCGUCGUGGUGGCAAGCACGGUCGAGCGAGCUGCUGGAUGCCAAGUCCUGCUGCUCCACGAGGAAGAAAACCUCGUCCAGGCAGAAGUCCUUGCCUACCUGGGAAGGCACCUCGGUAGCCGCCACCGUGUGCGCUACACGGCCGGUGGCGCUUCGAAGGAGCUCGAGGUCGACUUGAAUGAGAUGAACCACAGCCUGCAGCGCUUCGCAAGCCUGCAAGACUUCGAAGCGACCCGAAUCGCGUACUGCAAGAAGGUGGUGGAGGACGGACGGUACAUCGAGGAUGCGAUCACGGGCAAUCGCGUGGACAUUUCGGAGCAGAUUGUGCGGGUGCAAAUGGAGGUGCGACAGAAUCAAGAUGCAGACAGCAUAAGGCACAUGGUCUUUGACGACUUGGAAUGGAUCUCGGACACUGUCUUUCACCUCGGAGAUCGUGUCUGGGCGCAAGGCCGCGAGGGCAUCGUCGAGCACCUGCAGAAGCACGGCCGAUACGUCGUCAAGUACUCGGAUGGAACGUCGUCCCCGGCUUUGCCUUCCAGCUCCAUCAAACGGGGGCGACCCAUUUCCGGAGUGCAAAACUCGUCCUUUGAAAAGGUCCGGGACAUCUCACAGAUGGUCCCACUGCUGCUGCACAAGAGCCGCGUGGCUCAAGGGAGAUGCCAUGGUGCUCACUCCUGCCAGCCCGUGCUGAUCAGGGCCGGUCCCGGGACUGGGAAGACAUGGUCGAUGCAACAGCUGCUGCUCUUGCUGGCCCAGGAACUGGCCGGAGGAGGUCAGAAAGAGGACUCCGUCAAGUUUCGCUUCGUGCCGCUACUUAUUCCCAUACAAAAACUGGCGCGGAUGUUGCGGCAAAGAUCGGCGUCAGACGAGGAAGCAACGUCAAACCUGGUCCUUUUCUUCAUCCGGACCGAGUAUCCCCAGGGACCUACCAGGAACAUGCUGGAGCAAGCCUUCGAGAUGCGAAGCUUGAUUGUAAUGCUGGAUGGGAUUGAUGAGGCAGCCAACAUGAAGCUAGCCGUGGAGGAGUUCGUGACGAAGACUCUGGUCUUGAUGGGUGUUCCUCUCCUGGUGACAUCCCGGCCCGAGGGGAUCAGGAAACGCCUCUACUCCAGGAGCUUCAUCAUCAUGAAUCUGCAGCCACUGAGCGGGGACCAACAGCACAAGAUCAUCGAGAAGCAGCUUCAGCAGAAUUCCUUCUUCAAGCACCUGGUGGCCUUCAGCAGGGCUCGGCAAGCUUUGGAGGAAGCCUUCCAAAGCAACUUCCCGGAAUCCAGUGUGGACCGCAGCGCUCUUGAGGCACUUCCGCAGACGGCGGAGGAGGCUGUGGUGCCAGCAACACCGGUGAUUGAUCACGAAAUCUUCGCGGCCGUGUUCUUCUGUGCGGCUGUGCGUUUGCUCGCGAGCGCGGGGCUGAAUCCGACAUGCCUGCAGCUUCCACAGGACCCGCAAGAUGAGAAGAACCCGGAGACAGAAACUCGGGAUGUCCAGAAAAGACUGAGCAUCCAUUCCAAGAAGCUUGGGAUGAUCAAGGCGGACUUCGUGUGUCCUAGCGCCGCCUCACUGGCGAGCCUCUGCAAGACGUUGCUGACGGGCUUCACAGUGCAAAUCGACGGAGAACCCGCCAGUCUUCACGUUGUUCGUCGCUGGAGCUCCUUUCAAAAUCCUGGCCCGACUCGCCUGCGGUUUCUGCGGUACGAACUCAGACUGAAAUUCCAGGAUGCAUGUCACACCGCUCAGGUGCAGAUCCAUCAUUCAGAAUGCCUUUCGGUGUAUAGGACUUCGCAGAUGCAGGAGCACUACACGCAUCUCCAGAAAAACCUCCAGGAUCAAGGUGGACAUGAGACUUUUGAUGCUAUGCUGGAGGCCAGAAUGUUGGUCUUCGAUGCCAUAUGCCGCAUCCCCGUGCUCCUGUCGGUGUUGGCCUGUGCCUUUGCCGUGGAGACCCAGCGGCUGCCACAGAACCUUUAUGACCUUUACGAGAUGGGCAUGCUCUCUACCCUUGAACGGCGGGUUGGAAAGGACAGGGUGCAGGCUGUGCUGGAGAUGCUGCAGGCAAUCGCUGUGGCGAAUCAUCUAGCAAAGCGACGUACGUUCCAGGCAGAGGAUCUUCGAGUAGCACUGAAGGAGCCAAGCCAAUUGGCAUUGUGGUCACAGUUGCUGGAGGAUGGCUCUGUUCCUUUGGUCAAGAUACUGACCCUGGGCGACAUGACGGGGGAGUUUCAGUUUAGCCACCUCAGUUUCCAGGAGGCUCUGUUCGUCCGAGCUCUCAGCGCCAGUGGCCAAGGCAGGCAGUUUCGAUGCUUCUGGGGCUCCGACAACUCGCUGAACUCCAGUCUCAAUGACCCCUUCUACCGCAACACCUUCGUCAUUGGUCGGGGCUACCUUGGCGAAGCCUUGGCAAGUUCCCAGUCCUCCUUCAACUUCGACUGCCAGCCACGGCUCUCUGCUCUCGGUCGGGAAGGCCUUCGCCACUUCUUGGCAGGCACUCGAUCUCUUCGUAGCCUGCACCUUGGGAACGUGGAGCUUGGAGGUGAGAUCUGGGCAGAUCUCGUGAAUUCCAUGCUUCCGGGGCUCUCGCUCUCCCUCCAGGAGCUGGUGCUCAGCCGAUGCCGGCUCUCGGCUGUAAAGCCUCUGGGAGCCUUGCUCAAGGCCUGCCCCAAGUUGCGCCUCUUGGAUUUGGAAGGCAACAAAAGUAUUCUGAGGACUGCUUCCGAGGUGGCCGAGUUGCAGGAAACGGUUGGGGAGUGCAAGCUCGACCACUUAAAGGUGCUCAGCCUACGAUGGUGCCACAUUUCCGCAUCGUCCGGGACUUUCAUCAAAGGCUUCUUGACGGCCAACUGCCCUGCACUCACCAGGCUAGAUCUCCAGGGAAACAGGGGUCUCCCUCGAAGCUUAUUUGCCGACACCUUCCUGGCGGACUACAUUCAGGGUUGCUAA